CAUCGCUUCGCCCUCGAAAGCCGAAGCAGGUACUGGUAAGUCGCGCGCAGUCGACUUAUCACCGCCUCUCACCCGCCUCGUAUCCAGGGCAAGCUCCGCAGCGGUGGGUAUUUCGAAGGGCUCUGUUUCAAUGAGAAUCUUGAAGCCGGUAAGUACCCUCAGCACUUCAGCCUGGCCUGUGCUGAUUCUGGCAGGUCCGUACCUUUGUCAGUCUGACGAUUUUGACGAUGGCCCGCCAGUUCCGAACCAGGGUCCCCUGAUGGACGCCGGCCGAUCGUCCUUCUAUGACGUUGAGCGCAUAAUCGGCCACCGGAUGGUCAGGCGGGGCUCUGAAUUCAUUUAUACUUAUGAGGUGAAGUGGGAUGAGACGACUUGGGAGCCUAGGGACAACGUCGCCGGCAUGCCCGCCUAUUACGAGUAUUGGGAGAGCAUGGGCCCAUGCUGAUCGUCUUCGUAUACUGUGUUCAACUAGUCAAUGUUGUAUAAUAUUGAGAUCCCAGUGUACGCUGUGCUUGGUCUGGGCUCCAUCGAACGACAGC